AUUGCUCUCGUGAGGUGUAUAUUUUCGAGUCUGCAGGUUGCAACACUCAAUUCAUCGCUAUGGCAAGAAAGAGAUUUCAUCAGUUAAAGAAAGUGAAAUUUCGGGCGACAUGGAACAAAUACAAUCUCUAUAAUCUCUCGCGUCUGUCGAUGCCCCGAACCCAGUCCUUGACUUUCUAUCAACAGAAAUGGAAAGCAAAAUCAAUAACACGUGCAUAUCAUGGCGAACAAAUUAGAGAGAAGCAAUGGCAGCGAAUGUUUACGCCACGGUUGAACGCCGUUGUACCAAUGGACCAUAGAUAUCUGGCAGAGUUUGAUGGAUCAGAGCUUGCAGCGGGACGUGGGUCGGGGCUGGAGAAACCUUUCGAUGCAGAAAAGACGAAACGAAAACAGGCAAUCCCAUAUAUGCAUCAAACAUAUGCUCCCAUCGAACGAAGACUAGAUAUGGCCAUCUGGCGAGCAUUGUUUGCAAGUAGCGCACGGCAGGCAAGACAAUUUGUGGUGCACGGGAAAGUUAAGGUCAAUGGGGAGAAGAUGAUAUACCCUGGAUAUCUUCUGAACCCAGGCGAUCUAUUCCAAGUCGAACCCGAAGCCGUCCUCUUCGCCACGGGAGCUCCGAAAGAUGGACCACAAUUGCGAGUUGGCAGAAGAGUGCUUCGGGUUCGACGGAACAGGAAUGUCGGCAUGGAGAAGCUUCGAGCACAGAUGGCUGAGCGGAAAGCUGCAAAAGCCUCCGACAAAGCAUCCAACAAAGAUUCAAGUAAAGCUCUCAUAAGCUCCAAGACCCCGAAGACGUUACUGGAAGAUCAUUUUGAGUACCGGAAAACUCGUGAAGCGGAUCUUUCUACCAUGAUCCAGCGAGCGGAAUGGAAGCAACACGCCAAGAGUAAAAUGUUAUCUGCAAAAAGAAAGCAGCAGAUUCGAGCUUUUAUCAGGCAUGCCAAGAGCGCCAGAUCCAAAGUCUUUCGAAAGCCUUUCCAAGAACUUGAAAAGGAGCGCCUAGCUUUCGUCGAGGAGUUUCGUGGUUCUGUUGGAUCUAACACACUGGAUAAGGCGUGGCGACAGGCUGCUAAGAAACGCGCUGCUGAGAAUUCGGUCGAAACAGAAGCUGGAGCAGCUGAGGGAGCAUCUGAGGAAGCAGAUGCACCGAAGAGGACGAAAACGCCCUAUGGAGAACGAGUUGCUGAAGAGAAGCUCGUAGCAUUAGAGAAGAGAAUCGCGGCAAUGAGAAUACAGGGUGAUGGUGUGGAUCCUUCUAAGCCCUACGCCACACCAUGGCGGCCAAGGGAUUUCAUGAGUGCAUUUGCGUUCAUCCCGAGAUAUCUGGAGGUCAGUCCGAAGAUUUGUUCAGCGGUGUAUUUGAGACAUCCAGUGGCAAGACCUGGAUUGACGGAGGUCCCAACACCAUUCCCUGGUGAGAUUCAGCAGCUAGCAUUCAAUUGGUACUUGCGGAGGAGAUAGAGUGUAUUGAUAAUGUAUUGGAGAUAUGUAUGAUGUAUUAUAGUAGAGGAAGUAGAAGACAUCUCUCUCCGUAUGCAAUACGCUCUUUUGCUGUUCAAUUUGUUGCAAUUUUUCAUUACUACAGCAAAGUCCUUGUACUCAAUGUUUCAUGCUCAGAGGAAGGCAUCUCGGUAAGGCACAUGGUAGCCAGCUUCAAUGGCUAUAUCUCCUUCAGGGACAGUCUUGUAUAGUACAGAAACUUGAAAUUACG